UAUGGUGGACCCUCUCUUAAAAGGGCGAUGCAGGCUGCUGACCGCCGUGAAAAGAGACGUCUCUUGGACGCACAGCGAGGAAAGUGUCGUGUGCGUCUGGGCUGUCAUUUGGAUGAGUGGUGCUGUCUGAAAGAAAGUCUAGGAUUUUCCCUGCACUCUCAGCUUGCAAAGUUCUUGUUGGACAGCUAUAAAUCUGUGGCCAGCACAAGAAAUACUGUCACUGCAGAAGUCAUUCUACUUUCAGUCUCUCUCUCUUCUCUAAAUCACUUAAUACAGUCGUGUCACCAGCAUGGCAGAGAUUGUCAGUUUACCCCCUCGCUCCUACCAAUGCCUUCAUUUGAAGGGCUUCAAGAGAACCAAGGUCUCUUGUGGGGGUGCAAAGCGGACCAUUGCUUUUACUGGAACCCACAGGAAGAAAGAUUGGAAAAUCAAACACAAUUGCAGUGUUCCAAUUCAUUUGAGGACAAGAAAAGACAGUCUACAAGAGAGGACAUACUUGAAAAAGAUGAAAGGCCGCAGGAGAACUUGGAGGAAGAAAAACAAGGGAAGGUCUCCAAGGAAGCAGGUCAAUCUGAAGAAAUCCAUGAGAUGGAGGAAAUUGGGCAUCUGCAUUCUAAAAGUAAGGAAGGAAUCCUCAGAUUUCCUGGGGGUUGGGACUCUCGAGAAAAUGAAAGCUGUUUGGGGGCGCAACUGGGGACUCCUGAGAGUGCACCACAAAAUAAGUGUGUGCAGGAGAGUGUUCCCAGAAGCACAAGAAAACGAAGGAAGACCGAUUCCAGCAUAGAACAAGCAGAUAAAGAUGAGAAUGAGAAUAGCCAAUCAUUUGAAUCCUCCUCCCAGACAAUGGCAAGCGAGUCAGGUGUAGUGACACCUGUUUCUUGCAGAAGUUCCUCACGGCAGGAAGAGACUUCCACACUAGACCAGAUCCCAGAAGAAAGCACGAUCCCCGACAAUACACAAGACUCGGACAUUGAGUCUGUUCCUGAAUCUGAUUUAACUAUGGAAACAUUGGCAGAUAUGACUACGCUUCAGAUUGUACCUCCUGAGAUGGACAGGGAAAGCAAGAAGGAACAAGGAACAGUGGUAAAAGGUCACUCAGGUGCUAAAAAAGGUCAGAGCUGCACUCCUGUGAGACCCCUGGUGGAUGAUGAACUAGCACAGAUUUGCAAGAAAAGAAUAAGGAAGGCCACACCACAUGAAAUUCUUUUAUGUGAAUAUGAGGGUUGUGGAAAAAUAUUUUCUAAGCGACAAUAUCUAAAUUAUCACCAGAAAUACCAGCACAUGAAUCAGCACACAUUUUGCUGUUCUGCUCCGGAUUGUGGCAGAUCAUUCAAUUUCAAGAAACACCUUAAAGAGCAUGAGAAGAGACACAGCGACAAACGGGACUUUAUCUGUGAGUUUUGUGCUAGAGCAUUUCGUAGCAGCAGUAACCUCAUCAUCCACAGACGAAUCCACACAGGGGAGAAGCCCAUUCAGUGUGAGUUUUGUGGCUUCACUUGCAGGCAGAAGGCCUCUCUUAAUUGGCACAUGAAAAAACAUGCAGCUGAUUCAUUCUACCAGUUCCCUUGUGAUAUCUGCGGACAAAGAUUUGAGAAGAGAGACAACCUUGCGGCUCACAGAAGCCGCAAACACCCAACUCCCCGUAAGACUGUGUCUGAAGAAGCUGCCAACUGCGAAACAUCUUCCAGAGAAAACAUUUCUGAGACUGCACCAUGUCAGACUAGUCCCCCAGAGAUGGUCUCUAGAACUGAUCCACAAGAUACCGUAGAGACCUCAAUCUCAGACAAGUGUCAAGAUCUUACAGAGAGGGCAGAAGACAAAAUAGAGUCAGUUGCUACAGGUGAACAAACUGUGGGAAACUCUGAAAAUGUCUCAGCUGGGAUAUCUCUGGUGAUUAUCUUAUAAAACAACAAGUUUUAUUUUUUUAAGGAUCAAUGGAUAACAGACCCACACACAACAUCUGAAAGUUCUCAACAACGCUCCAGUUUAUUUUUUCAAUAAUCUCUAAAUAAAAAAAUAAGGCCUGCUGUAUCAUAAAAAUGCUGUGCCAUCUGCUCAUUAUUUUUCCUAGAGCUAUUGAAUUGAAAUAAAGUUGUUGUUUUUUUUU